CGGCCCGUGGCUCGACACGGGAUCAGUCUGAAAAGCGAGCAGCACACGACAGCACGAACAAUUGACUUUGUAAAAUGCCAACCAAGAUUAAGUUGCAAUUGUUGUGCCUGCUCUGGCUGAUGAUGCACGGCCAAGUGCACGGACAAGACAUUGAGCCCGAAUUCCCAGAGGACUUUCCCACAACCACAACCGAGGCUCCCACAACCACAACCGAGGCUCCCACAACCACAACAACCACAACAACAGAGCUGCCCACCACCACACCAGCACGAACCACAACUGAAGCAGACACAGAAGCACCUACAACCACUACUACAAUACCCAGCACCACCAGCAGCACCACCGAGGAUGUGGAGAUCAGCUUGCCGGACUUGCCGACCUUUGCACCGCCAGAGCUACCUCCCUCUACGAGGCCGCCAGUAGCACCACAUUACCCCAACUUUUUUCCCUGGUUCUGGGACGUGGUUCAAGGUAUGCUGCAGCGCUGCUAUCUGACGGAGCAGGAGGAGCGGACGCAUUACCGCUGGACCUGCGGAUACUCCAGCUGGCUGCCAACGACAACCUGUUAUCGCUGCUGUUACUACGGCGACAGUGGGUUUGCCGGCUGCAGCAAGCUGCACAGUGGACGCUGUAGCAAUAUAAACUAUGACAGCUGGGAGACCUAAUCUUAGCAAAUGGGUAUUACCCCUAAUCGAAAGAGGGAGCGAGAGGGAGAGCUGGAUGAUUAACUAAUCCAACAUCGCUUAAAUUUGUCGCACUUUUCAGCAACUUAAAAAAUAUAUGUAUAUAAAAAUAAAUAUUCAUUAAAAGUUACGGGUAUUCGCUAGACUCUAGCUA